AUGUAUCCAUCCAUGUCUGGUCGUGAAGAUAAGAUGUUUGCUGACAGGCUGGAGGCCAUUGAAGAAGAGAUGGGCCAGGGGGCAGUAGAGGAGGAGGAGGAGGAGGAAGGAUCGGGGAUAGAGGAGGAGGAGAUGGGCCAGGUGCCGGAGGAGGAGGAGGAGAUGGAGAUGGGCCAGGUGGCAUUGGAGGAGGAGGAGAUGGGCCAGGUGGCAUUAGAGGAGGAGGUGGUGAUGGUUUUGGGGGCUGAGGAGGAAGUCGGGGUGGAGGAGGUCUUUCAUGAAGUUGAAGAGUGGUGGGCGGUGCCAGUUUUGGAGAUUGCGGAGGAAGCGUUGGAGGAGGUAGGAGAGGAGGAGGAAGGAGAGGUAGGAGCGGAGGAGGAGGUUAUGGUGGAGGAAGGUCCGGAGGAGGUUGUAGGUGGAGGAUGGAUGCAGUGGCUUGUAGAAAGUAUUUUUUAG